AUGGGUGUUUUGGGAGUGGCAGCACUAGUCGGGUUGCUGACCUUUGUCGUUUACUGGAUUGUGAGCCUUUACAAAAAAGCCGCGAGAUAUGGAGCUGGAAUUCAAGGACCUGAUGUAGCACCCGUCAUUGGGAAUAUUCAUCAGUUAAGGUUUCGGCCAGAUGGUAAGUUGAGGGUAUUUCAUUUAUCAUAAAGUUGGGCUCUCUGGCUAACAUGAACAUGCUGUUUUUCCUAGAGAAAACCAAAAAUUACCGACUUCCAGCUCAUUUCUAAUCCUUACAGAGUUCUUCGAACAAGCUCAAGGUCUUGGAUAUAUGCUGAAGGGAAGAGAUGAGAGGAUAGCUACCGUUUACCUCGGCCCAGUCAUGUUUGUCAUGAUCUAUGGCGCCGAGGAAUGUGAGGCCGUUUUGGGUGGGCAAAAAACUCUGACGAAGAUGUUCCACUACAAUUUCUUGACGCCUUGGAUUGGACAGGGACUGUUGAUAAGGUAUGUGCGUUUAAAGUAAAUUAUGCGCGCCUAUUGUAAGACUAUUCUUGACAUUUUUUGCCUACAAAAAUUAAGCCUAAAAGAAAGUCAAGAAGCCUUAACUAACGCCUCUCAAAAUUUCAGUAAGCCAGAGAAAUGGCGGCCCCGGCGAAAGUUGCUCACUCCGACGUUCCAUUACGAUAUCCUCAAAGACUUUGUUCAAGUCUACAAUCGUCAUGCCGCCACAUUGCUCAGCAAAUUCGACAAACUCUCGGAAACAGGAGAAUAUGCGGACAUCUUCCACACAAUAACCUUGUGCACGCUGGAUAUCAUUUGUGAAUCCGCCUUGGGAUGCAAUAUCCAAGCCCAAGAAAAAGUGAACAGUGAAUAUUUGGAUGCAGUAUUUCGAAUGAAAUAUAUCAUACAUCAACGCCAAGUGAAGCCUUUUUAUUAUCCCGACAUCAUCUGGAAUCUGUUUGGGUACGGACGUGAGGAAAAGAAAUUGGUCAACAUACUUCAUGACUUCACUGGAAAGGUGAUUAUGGCUCGGAAAAAAGCUGUCGAUGAAGCCGGAGGAGUCCAGAAACUACUGGAAGAAGAGCGGAUAUCCGGACAUUCACGUAUGGCCUUUCUGGAUCUGAUGUUAGACAUGAUGGAUAAAGGCCAAUUGGAUAUGGAGGGACUUCAAGAAGAAGUGGACACCUUCACUUUUGAAGGGCAUGAUACUACGUCAGCUGCGAUGAAUUGGUUCCUUCAUUUGAUGGGGAAUAAUCCAGAGAUUCAGGCCAAGGUUCAGAGAGAAGUUGAUGAAGUUCUGGGAGAAACUGGGAUCCCGACUUUUGAAGACUUGGGGAAGCUAAAGUACUUGGAAGCCUGCUUCAAAGAGACGUUGAGGUUAUAUCCCUCUGUUCCCCUAUUUGCAAGACAAAUGACCGAGGAUACCAAAGUUCGUAAGUUAAUUUAAACCUCAUUUUGUCCCCACGAUCCCUCAAAACGUACUUUCUGUGCCCUCAAAUGGUACCCUCUAGUUUAUGACUUUCAAAACUCACGUCCACCCCAAUCUAGAUAUCAGAAACAAGAUCCUUUGAUAAAAUCUCACUUCCUUGUUUAGAUAGACACAUUCUUCCGAAGGGAACUGGAGUGGUGAUCAUCCCUUCAAUGGUCCACAGAGACGAGAGAUUCUGGCAAGAUCCGGAAGCCUUCAAUCCCGAGAGAUUCAUCGACUCCGACCUCAAACAUCCAUACGCCUACAUUCCGUUCUCCGCGGGGUCCAGGAAUUGCAUUGGUGAGUAAAGAAAUCGAAAAUUUUAUGGACAAAAUUUAUUUUAUAUUACACUAGACAUCAGAUAUGCCAUUGUUAAUACAAAACUUAAUACCAAAUUCAAUUCGUUCUUUCCAGGCCAACGCUUCGCCAUGAUGGAAGAGAAAUGCGUAAUCUCCCAAAUUAUGAGACGAUUCAGAGUGAAAUCCCUGAAGAAAACGCACGAAAUGCGAGUCGCGGCCGAACUGAUCAUCCGGCCCAUGUACGGGAAUGACAUCAAAUUCGAGCGACGGCAAUUCGGAGAUUACACUCAGAUCUCGUGUUAA